AUUGCUUGCAAAUUCCUCCAUCCAGAACUGUGGGACAAAUUCUCCGAAUUCUUCUAUCGAAGCAAUUCGAUUAAAAUUUCCCUCUAUUUUUUAUUUUCUAAUCUUAGCAGGCUUUCCUUGUCUGUUUGUUAAAAAGAAGAAAUAAGAAAUUCUUGAAUACACAUAAAAUUUUUUUCCCUCGUUGGCACAUCGGCAUCAAACGCUUGUAUUGUAAUCCACCGACGUGCUUUUAGCAGGUCAAAUUUCACUCACAGGUGAGGGGUGCCCCCAACAUUUCGUUGCGUUUCAAUUCUCUGAAGGAGAAAAAUAGAAAAGUAGAGCAGAAAAGUAGAAAACCGAAGUGUUGGCUCAAAGAUCCGAGGCUUUGAGGUGAAAAAGGUCAGAUCUUUAUUGUUUUCUUGGCGAGAAAACAAGAUUUCAAUCUGGGUAUUUAUUGAUAGUGUUUGUGAUGGGGUGGAGGUACAAGGCCGGUUUGUUCCUUAUUGGUGCAGUUGUUGUCAUUUGGGUUACCUCUGCUGAAGUCACCCAGGGCAUUUUCACGGACUAUAAGCAGCCAUUUGCUGUGACAUAUCUUGGUGCUUCUUUGCUGGUAAUUUAUCUCCCGGUAGCUUUUCUCAAGGACUGCAUAUGUGGCUAUCUUAAUGGACGCCGUACUAAAAGUGAUAAGAGCAUUGAAAGCAAUGAUGCAUCACAUGCUAACAUUAGCUCUCCUUUGAAGUAUGUCGGGGAGAAAGUCUUUGAGAUUGAAAUUCAGGGAUCCUUGAGUAGAAAAGACAGUGAUCAAAAUCUUUCUGGUGAGCAAGAAGGAGUGCCACUGAUUAGUAGCUCCGCUGGUGAUGGCAAUCAUAUCAAACAAGAAAAACAGGUCACAACCAGAGAAAUUGCUCGCUAUGGAUUUUAUAUUGCCCCUAUCUGGUUUGUUACUGAGUACUUAUCAAAUGCUGCUCUUUCCUACACCAGUGUGGCAAGUACAACAGUAUUAUCUGCUACUUCGGGAUUAUUCACUCUUUUCUUUGGUGUACUCCUGGGGCAAGACUCCUUAAAUAUGGCAAAGGUAGUUGCGGUGUUUGUCAGCUUGGCUGGUGUUGUCAUGACCACUUUAGGGAAAACUUGGGCCACUGAUGAAUCUGAGUUAACUCCUUCCUUAAGCGGGAAACGCUCCUUGAUUGGGGAUUGUUUUGGCCUUCUAUCAGCUGUAACAUAUGGACUGUUUACAGUACUUCUUAAGAAGUUUGCUGGUGAAGAGGGACAAAGGGUUGAUAUGCAAAAGUUAUUUGGAUAUAUUGGAUUGUUUUCCCUAGUGGCACUUUGGUGGCUUGUAUGGCCACUGACAGCCUUGGGCAUUGAACCCAAGUUUACGAUUCCUCAUUCUGCUAAGGUGGACGAAGUUGUGAUUGCCAAUGGACUUGUCGGAAGUGUUAUUUCUGAUUACUUUUGGGCAUUAUGUGUUGUUUGGACAACUCCAUUGGUGGCAACCCUGGGAAUGUCUCUCACAAUUCCACUUGCUAUGGUAGCUGACAUGGUAAUUCAUGGCCGGCAUUAUUCCGCAAUCUACAUUCUUGGUUCGGUUCAGGUAUUUGCAGGAUUUGUAAUAGCUAAUCUAUCUGAGCGGUUCUCGAAGAUUUUGGGGUUAUAGCAUUCAACAGGUAGAGAUGUUUUCAUCAUUGGAUCUAUGGAAGCAGUGAUAUUUUCUUCAUCCCAUUUUUAGUAUAAUUUUUGUUCCCACAGAUGUCAAGUUGAUUGUCAUUUAUUAGAUCCAUGGUUUGUUAAAUUGUAACAUUUGUGGUGGAAUGCCAUGGUGUGAUAUAUACAAACUACUUUUCUCUUUGUA